AUGCCAAAAUUCGGCAGAUUUAUUCGUAUCUAUCAAUUUGCUACUAGUUUCGAAUGGCUAGGGUCAAGGGUUAUGUUCACUUCAUUGGGUAUUCUAUUAAAUUCUAUUAGUCUUGUUAAAGUUCAUGGCGGUGAAACGACGGCAGCUCAGCAAUGUAUCAGUUGCGCGUCGACGUCUUAUCUUUCUGCAUGGAGCCAGCUAAUGCAACAUUAUUUUCCACCAAGAAAUUUUACGGAUGAUUGUUGGAAUCCGAAUAUCGAGAUUGGUGUUGUCACUUGUUCAUCCGCAUGUUUCACUCUUAUUCAAGAAGUUGAUGAUCACAGUAAGUGUUUCGGAUUUUUAUAUAUUGAUUCUGUGGUUUUUAUAGUUGGGUUAUGGGUCGGCAGUCAAACUGCCUUCGUUCGAAAGCUUUGUUCCUGUGAUGGGAGGGAGUCGGAUCUUUGCCUCAGAACGAAAAUCUGA